AUGGUUCCAAUAAAACUUUUCGUUACGAUCACGGCCCUCCUCGCCUCGUUCGUCUCCGGUGCUGUUCUCUACGAAGAGGAUGACCCCGACUUAAUUCUCGCCGGCCAAGCUGAGAUGCAGUUUGGUCUGGUCUCGUGGUUCAAAGACAACAUCUCCAUCACCACCGAUGAAAAUGCCUCCCGACCCACCAACACCGACGCCAAAGACCCCGAGGUCCGCCGCGGCCCCAAGUUCCACAAACGGUGCGGCUCCAACACGGUAAUCUGCUCCGGCAAACACAGCGCCGACGUGCCCGUCUGCGAGACUUUGGUCCGGGGCAUCCUCCCGCACCAGUCCGAGAUGCUACCCGAGGACAACAGCCACUGGUCCAUCUGCCUCGAACAAGUCAGCAAGCGGUGCUGCGUCAACUGGUCCAAGACCCCCCAGGGGGCCUUCUACCAGGACCUGAUCGACGCCGCCGAGAAGCAGCUGUACAACUGCCAGUUCCGCGGGCAGGUGUCGGCCAAGAGCAAGGAUGUGCUGCUGGGUUUUGUCUGUGUCAACCAGUGCAUGGCGAGCUGGAAUCACUGCAGCGGGCCGGAGUCGGAUAGCAGUUAUGAGAGGGGCAGGUAUUAUGGGAAGGGAUCCGACUAUGCGGAGCAGCCGGUGGUGGAGAUUUUGCCGUUGCCUAGGCCACCGAGGUAG